UUUUGUAAUUCUGAGCUUCUUCAUCUUUCUCCUUAUUUUCACCUGAAAUUCUUCAUCUCACUGUCACUUCCUUCUCUCUCUUUCAUAUUUUUUUUUAAUUUUUAACAAACUAUUUUGAUUAGCUUCGAAGAUUCUUUGUUUUCCACGAUUCGGCAUUGUACAUAGAGAGAGAGAGAGAGAGAGAGAUCGAUUCAAUUUGAACCAAAAAAAAAAAGUAAUUUGGAAAAUUUCCUGAACUUUUUUUGGGGUUGGCGUUGUGAUUACGACUUGCGUUGUUUCCAAAAUUGGAUUAUAGAGGAGAAUAAUUCUGGGAAUUGGGUCUUUGUCAUGCUCUUGUAAUUUUGUAAAAUUUGUCUACUUUUUUUCCUGGGCUUAGGGGGGUGAGAACAAAAAUUAGGGUUUGUGAGGUGAAUUUAGAAGGGGGAAGAAGGGGAUCUGGGGUUUAGGUCAACGGAAAUUGGAGCAGUCUAUAAUGAUCUCUUUGUUGGUUUACUAAAUCCGACGGUUUGGAUCUGAUCGCGGGAGAGACAGCGCCACCGGAUGGCGCUGUUCCGUCGCUUCUUCUACAAGAAGCCUCCGGAUCGCCUUCUCGAGAUCUCGGAGCGUGUUUAUGUCUUUGAUUGCUGUUUCUCUAGCGAUGUUAUGGGGGAGGAUGAGUACAAAGUAUACUUGGGUGGCAUCGUUGCGCAGCUUCAGGAUCAUUUCCCAGAAGCAUCUUUCAUGGUGUUUAAUUUUAGAGAAGGGGAACAACGGAGUCAAAUAUCAGACGUGUUGUCUCAAUACGAUAUGACUGUAAUGGAUUAUCCACGGCAGUAUGAGAGUUGCCCGCUUUUACCUCUCGAAAUGAUCCAUCACUUCCUACGAUCGAGUGAAAGCUGGUUAUCGUUGGAAGGUCAACAAAAUGUUCUCUUGAUGCAUUGUGAAAGAGGUGGUUGGCCUGUUCUUGCCUUCAUGCUAUCGGGGCUUUUAUUGUACAGAAAGCAGUAUCAUGGUGAGCAGAAGACUCUUGAGAUGGUACACAAACAGGCUCCUAAAGAGCUUCUUCAUCUAUUGUCGCCUCUAAACCCACAUCCUUCUCAACUCAGAUAUCUUCAGUACAUUUCUAGAAGGAAUUUAGGCUCUGACUGGCCUCCUUCAGACACGCCUCUUCUUUUGGAUUGCUUGAUUCUCAGAGAUCUCCCACAUUUUGAAGAGAGAAAAGGUUGCAGACCAAUUCUACGCGUUUAUGGGCAGGAUCCUAAAGCCCGAACCAACAGGAGUUCCAUACUUCUCUUCUCCACAUUAAAGACAAAGAAACACACUCGUCUCUACCAACAGGAAGAGUGUAUCCUGGUGAAAUUAGAUAUACAGUGCCGCGUUCAAGGGGAUGUUGUUCUGGAAUGUAUACAUUUGCAUGAUGAUUUUGUGAGUGAGGAGAUUGUCUUUAGAAUCAUGUUCCACACGGCAUUUGUGCGUGCUAAUAUUUUAAUGGUCCACCGCGAUGAGAUGGAUAUACUUUGGGAUGCAAAGGACCAGUUCCCGAAGGAAUUUAAGGCAGAGGUACUUUUCUCUGGCGCUGAUGCCGUGGUGCCUACUAUCACAACUUCUACAAUAUUAGAAGAAGAGAGCGAUUUUGAUAUGGCUUCACCCGAAGAAUUUUUUGAGGUGGAGGAAAUUUUUAGCGAUGUGAUUGAUGGACCUGACCAUAAGAAAGAUUCCGAUAGUUUUUUGGUUGUUGAUACUGCUUCAGAUGAUUCUGAGGGCAAAGAAGUGUGGAAGGGGGACGUGGAUCCCAAUGCGUUUCUAGAUUGUGCAUCAGUUGCAUCAGAUGAUUCUAAUCAUAAACAUGAUAUGCAUGCAGAGACUAGCACGGAUCCGGUUAAAGAUAUCACUGUUGAUGAUGUACAUUAUAGGUCGGAUGGGAAGGCAGAUUCUAAUAUUGACUCAGUGAAGGAUAUAGGAAUAGAUGAUGGUGAUGAGCAGCGAAAGAGAAGGAUCAUGGAAGCGAAGGAAAAUGAUUCUAGCACAGGAGAGACUCAACGCAAAGGUGAUGCAGAAGGCAAUGAUUCCCAGGAUGAUUUAGAAGAACCUAAAGAAAAUGAUUCUAGAACAGCAGAGACUCAACGCAAAGGUGAUGGAGAAGUCAAUGGUUCCCAGGAUGAUUUAGAAGAACCUAAAGAAAAUGAUUCUAGAACAGCAGAGACUCAACGCAAAGGUGAUGGAGAAGGUAAUGGAUCCCAGGAUUUUUUAGAAGAACCUAAGGAAAGUGAUUCUAGAACAGCAGAGACUCAACGCAAAGGUGAUGGAGAAGUCAAUGGUUCCCAGGAUGAUUUAGAAGAACCUACGACUCAGAAAACCAGUUCUAAUCUCAACAAACCCAUAUCCGAAAAAACACAAGCUACACCAAGGAAACAGGUCGGAGCAAAUGCAAAGGUGGCUGGAGAUUCACUUAAACCGAAGUCUAAGCAGCAAGAAACACAGGGUCAGAACGUAAGAAUGGCUAAGCCUAACGCAGUUUCUCGAUGGAUUCCUUCAAAUAAGGGCUCAUAUAAAGAUUCUAUGCAUGUGGCGUAUCCCCCAACAAGAAUUAACAGUGCCCCUGCUUCAAUUACUACUUCUCUCAAGGAUGGCAAAAGAGCUACAUCACCUGAUGGUGUGAUUCCAAAAGAUGCUAAGACUAAAUAUCUGAGAGCGUCUGUUUCUUCACCGGAUAUGAGUAGUCGAGCUCCAAUUUGCGCAUCACCAGAUUCUAGCCCAAAGGAAAAGCCGGCUUCUCUACCUACUGCCUCUCCCCAUCAAGCUUCUCUAACCAGUGACGCCACUACAUCAGUUUUACCCUCUCUAACCAGUGAGGCCACUACAUCAGUUUUACCAUCUAAGCAAGCAGCUGCACCGCCUCCACCUCCUCCACCUCCACCACUGCCUACUUACUCUUCACUGAACCAAAAUGACAGAUACUCUCAAACAUCUGAGAGACCAAACAGUGAAACCGUGUUGCCUCCACCACCACCAUCCCCACCUUGGAAGUCUGUGUAUGCUUCAGCUUUGGCAACUCCUGCAACAUGUUCUACUUCUCAACUUCCGACCUCUUCACCGCCUUUUAUGCCGCCUCCGCCUGCAUACAGUUCAGUAGGCCAAAAGAGCAGCGACACUCAAGCAAAUCAGCUCCGAUCAACACCGCCUCCUCCGCCGCCUCCGCCUACAUACUAUUCAGUAGGUCAAAAGAGCAGCGACACUCAAGCAAAUCAGCUCCGAUCAACACCACCUCCUCCGCCACCUCCGCCUGCACACUAUUCAGUCCAAAAGAGCAGCGACACUCAAGCAUAUCAGCUCCCAUCAACACCGCCUCCUCCGCCGCCUCCGCCUGCACACUAUUCAGUAGGCCAAAAGAGCAGCGACACUCAAGCAUAUCAGCUCCCAUCAAAACCGCCUCCUCCUCCGCCGCCUCCGCCUGCACACUAUUCCAUAGGCCAAAAUAGCAGUGACUCUCAAGCAUAUCAGCUCCCAUCAAAACCGCCUCCUCCCCCGCCUCCGCCUGCAUUCUAUUCAGUAGGCCAAAAGAGCAGCGACUCUCAAGCAUAUCAGCUCCCAUCAACACCGCCUCCUCCGCCACCUCCCCCGUUUGCAUCUGUGAGGCGAAACAGUGAAACUUUGUCACCUCCGCCGCCGCCACCACCACCUUGGAAGUCUGUGUAUGCUUCGUCUUUCGAAACUCGUGAACUGUGCUCCACAUCGUCCCCUUCUAAACCACCACCACCACCUCCUCCUCCCUUUAGCUCAUUAAAUACAACAAUAGCAAAUGGACAUCACAUUCCCCCGCCUCCCCCUCUGCCUUAUACAAGUGUUGCACCUUCACUCAAGGUCCCACCUAGUAAAACAGCUCCACCGCCCCCACCUCCUCCUCCUUUUAGCCAUGUGCGUUCAAUCCCUCAACCUCCACCACCUCCUUUUAAGGAUGCACAUUCAGUACCUCCCCCUCCCCCUCCGCCUGGUCCACCUCCGCCUCCUGGACCAAGACCUCCGGGUGGUGGACCUCCUCCGCCUCCAAUGCUUGGUGGUAGGGGAGCUGCAGUUGAUCCUAGGGGAGCAGGAAGAGGACGUGGUCUUCCACGCCCAGGUUUUGGGUCUGCAGCUCAGAAAAAGUCUUCCCUGAAGCCAUUACAUUGGGUUAAAGUAACAAGGGCUUUGCAGGGGAGCUUAUGGGAUGAGCUACAGAGACAUGGAGAAUCGCAAACUCCAUCAGAAUUUGAUGUAUCAGAAAUAGAGACCCUUUUCUCUGCUACAGUGCCAAAGCCAGCUGACAAAUCUGGGAGUCGACGAAAAUCUGUUGGGGCAAAACCUGAAAAAGUUCAAUUGAUUGACCUUAGGAGAGCCAAUAACACGGAAAUUAUGCUUACGAAAGUAAAGAUGCCUCUGCCUGAUAUGAUGGCUGCAGUUCUGGCAAUGGAUGAGUCUGUAUUAGAUGUUGAUCAAAUUGAUAAUCUUAUAAAAUUUUGUCCAACCAAGGAGGAGAUGGAGCUUCUUAAGAACUACACUGGUGACAAGACGACCUUGGGAAAGUGUGAGCAGUAUUUCCUAGAGCUAAUGAAGGUGCCACGAGUAGAGGCAAAGCUUAGAGUAUUUUCUUUCAAGAUUCAAUUCGGCACUCAGAUAAUAGAAUUCAAAAAAAGUUUAAAUGCGGUAAAUUCUGCAUGCGAGGAGGUCCGUAAUUCCCAAAAGCUAAAAGAAAUUAUGAAAAAGAUUCUUUACCUGGGGAACACACUGAACCAAGGAACUGCAAGGGGCGCUGCUGUUGGAUUCAAGUUGGACAGUUUAUUGAAAUUAAGCGAUACACGUGCUGCUAACAGCAAGAUGACCCUCAUGCAUUAUCUUUGCAAGGUCCUUGCUUCCAAGGCAUCAGUUCUACUGGACUUCCACAAGGAUCUUGAAAGUCUUGAAUCAGCCUCAAAGAUACAACUGAAGUCUCUGGCUGAGGAAAUGCAAGCCAUAAUCAAAGGGUUAGAAAAAUUGAACCAGGAGCUCACUGCAUCCGAAAGUGAUGGUCCUGUUUCUGAAGUUUUCCGUAAAACAUUGAGGGACUUCAUAUCCAUUGCUGAGACUGAAGUGGCAACUGUAUCGAGUCUUUACUCAGUCGUGGGAAGGAACGCUGAUGCACUUGCGCACUAUUUUGGCGAGGAUCCUAACCGUUGUCCAUUUGAACAAGUUACUGCGACCCUCUUGAAUUUCAUAAGGUUAUUUAAGAAAGCACACGAAGAGAACGUCAAGCAAGCAGAGCUGGAGAAGAAGAAAGCUGCAAAGGAAGCGGAAAUGGAGAAGGCCAAAGGAGUCAGUCUCACAAAAAAACCAGUUGAUGAUGAUAGCUGAGCAAAAAAAACUUGAAUAUUAUAUUGCAAAAUCCGCCAGAAUCUCUCUGAGAGAAAGCAAGAUCCAAAGUGGUCUUGUAAGCCAGAGAAGGCGGUGCUGCUGUUCGAGAAAACCUGCAUGGGGCGUGAAAGUUAAAACAGGCUGGGGGUCCCUAUCGGGAGGGGUUUCGCCAGGGCGGGGGCUAUCGAAGAAACCAUUGGAAGAUAAAGAGACAGGUCUUCAUCUCCCUCCACUCACGUUGACAUAUGAUUCCACAUUGAUAUAAAUUCUAACAUGUAAAUUAGAAUUCUUUCGUGUUGCUUAAUUUUCCUAACUAGAGGAAUUUUUGAUAGAUUGAAAAUGUUGUAUAGGGUUUUCAGGUAGAUUGGGAGAGAGAGAGAAAGAAAGAUGUAGAGCAAUAUUUUUAGUGUGUAACUUUGUAUCGUAACGCAACAUCAUUGUUCUUUUUUAGGAUUCAGAUUUCAGACCAAUGAAAAUAAUACUGUAGUUUGCGAAACUA